AUGAAGAAGGACCAGGUUAUCAAUAAAAGAUAGGAUUUUGACAUUUUUACCUUCACUAAGGUUUGAAGAUGGCAGGUGCAGACUUCGGUAAGGUCUCCUAUGAGGAAUUGAAGCAUUUAUUGGCAAACAACCCAAAUCUGUUUCUGGUUGAUGUACGCAACCAAGACGAGUGGGAUGCUGGACAUAUUCCAAGAGCCAUUCACAUUCAACUGGACACGGUAGAGGCUGCCUUUACCAUGAACUCAGAAGACUUCAGAGCCAGGUAUGGGGUGGACAAACCCCCGCUGGAUUCACCAAACAUGGUGUUUUACUGCCGGACAGGAAAAAGAUCCGCACAGGGUUUGUGCACGGUCAAACGCCUGGGAUAUGUCAAUGUUCGCAAUUACCCUGGCAGCUACACAGAGUGGUCUGCGAAAGAAGGAAGAGGCUCAUCGUAGACCGCACACAAGUCUUGUUUUUUUACUUGCUUUUGUUUUUUUAAAUUGGAAAAUGUUUUAUGCAAAUCAAUUUAAGUUCCCUUAGUUGGAAAAGGAUUUGAAGAAAGACUGACAAUGCUAAUUGUUCCCAUUGAGGACAUCAAAUGUCACUUGUAAGAUAAACUAUCAAAUAAAAUUUUUUUCUCAUUGUCCUUGUUGUGUUACUUUUACAUGAAUAUUAAAAAGAAGAGGGAAAAAAAAGAUCUUUGUAGCAGUUCUGUUUUGUGACAUACAUACAUCUGGAGCUGCACACAGCUUAAUUAACUUCAUCUGCCGCUGCCUAGAAUAUUUACACCAUGCAGAGCAACAUCAGAGCUUUCUCUGAAGUGGUUAUCAUCGCUAAUUGGAUUCACGUGAGAAAAGGGAACAGCAGUGCCGGGGAUUCAGAAUUCAUUUCAUGUAUUCAUUUAUAGAGCACCUUCCAUCACCAACCAAAGAGGCCCAAAGCCUUGUAAACACUGUCAAAUCAAUAAAUAGUACACUGAUAAAACAUGUAAAUAGGAUAAAACAAUUAAACAAGAAUUAAGAACAUCAUGAAAA